AUGGGCGGGAUAGGCGGGAUAGGCGGAAUGCGCAUGUCGAAUCUGGGGAAAGCGCUAGGGUUGCGCGAGUUGGCGCGAGAAAAAGCAGAUGCGGGGAGCGAAGGGGGAAGCAGCGGUUCAGGUCACGCGCGACCAGCUGCGCCUUCCGCUCCGCCCGCGCACUUGCGCCCGCACCGCGGCUACCUCAAACAGAUGUCCAUGCCCGCGGGGAAAGCCACCACUGAUGCAGCCGCCGCCGCCGCCGCCGUAACUGCCGCAGCCGCAGCGCGCGGAGCAGAGGGGAUGAGCGGGGGAGCGGGCGGGGGAAAGGGUGGCGGAACGGGGGGAGAGAAAUUGCGGUGGGGGGAGUGGAUGGGGCGACCGCACCAUCAGGAAGGGAGAGGGGGAAGUAGGGGCGGGGGGGGGAUGGGCGGGGAUAACGUGGGAGGGGCGAGCACUCGUGUGGGAUGGCUGGACGCAUCUGGACGGUCGGAUUUCGCGAUUAUUGUGACGAGGACAAGUGGCGCGCUCUGGUUGGAGGAGAUGCACAGGCGUAGGGUGCAUCACGCGCUGUGCGGGUUUGGGCGGGAAAGGAAGAGCCUUGAGGCCUUUGCAAUGGCGCAGCAGCGGAAAGAGGACGGGGAAGGUAUAGUGGGGGAGGAAAACCAAGGGGAGACUGGGGGAGAGGGUGGAAAAGGGGGUGGAGCAGAGGGGGAAGACAAGGGAUUAGAGGGAAAGGAGACGAUUGAGAAAGGGUCGGCGAGUUCUGCUCGUGCUGCAGCUGCUGCGUUGGCGAUUCCACCUAAGCUAGUCCCUGGCGCGUUGAAGCGUGCUCCGUUAACCAGAAAGGUGAAACGGGGACUUGAAGGGGUGGGGGAUGGGGCAGUGUACAGUGGGGUCACUGUAGAAGGUGUGCUUAUAGGGGGUGUUAUGCAAGCGGGUAAUGCUGCCAGUGGCAGUGGUGGGGGUCGCACUGGUUUGGACGGGGAUUUGGGAAAAGGGGUUGGGGAAAGUAGGGGAGGCGGCGGAAGAGGGGACGAGAGUGGGGGAGUUGGCGGAGAGAGGGGAGAGGGGGGCGGAAGUAGAGAAGGGGGAGGUGGGGGCAGUGGGGAAGAGGAAGAGGAUCGGGAGGAACGAGGGUCGGAUUUUGCUCUAGAGGAGCAAGGAGAAGACGAGGAGGAGGAGGAGGAGGAAGAAGAAGAGAGCUUGAGAGGAGAUGAAGAAGCAGACGAGGACGAGGAGGGAGGAGCGUUGGCCAGACGGUCAGCAAGCAGUGGCAGCGCUAUCAUCCGAAGGAGAAGGUUACAGGAAGAAGCAAGGCAAGGAGGAGGGAGAGGCGCAGCAGCAGCCGCAGCAGCAGGAGGAACGGUGGGAGAAGCACGGGUGCAGCGGGGAAGCAGCGGGGGAGGAGCAGCCGUGCACGUGCCGCACUGGAGGAGAGCCAGCGGGGGAGGGGACGGGGAGAGAUGGCAGACAGCACGUUAUGAACCGAGCCCAACCGUUUCAAUCGACUGCACCAUGUCUUCCACUGCCUCGUCCCCCCUAGACCCCGCUCUCAUGCAAUCCCCGUACUACCCACACCAUAUCCUGCCGCACAACCUGCCGCCCCUGCACGUGCAGAACCGGCAGCACCGGCGGCAGCUGUCGAAUCAGUCGUUCCCUGUGGGGCUGCAGCCGCAGGGCCCCCGCUCGCCUCUCUUCUCCAUGCCUCCAGAUGCUGGCCUUCCCCCCGCUCCUGCUCCUGCUCCUGCUCCCGCUGCUGCUGCUGUUUCUGCUGGUGGUGGUAGUAACGACGGUGCUGGUGCAGGUGGUGUGGAGGUUCUAUCUGCUGGGCAGCAAGAGGAUGGAGAAGCAGCAAGAGCGGCAGCAGCAGCACUGGCAGAAUUAGAGGAGGCUGUGGAGCAGAGCGAAGAGAAGGGCGAUGAGAAUGACAAGGAGCAGAGUGCAGAGCAGAGCAUACAGCAAAGCUCAAGCGCAGGACGGAGGAGAGUGAUGGCUCGUUUCCCCAGGGCCAUGUCCACUCCUGCUGGGAUUGGCAGGUCGCCUUUAGGGGGUAGCAGCCCUCUGUCGGAUGUGGAUGAUGGAGAGGACGACAACAGGGUGCGUGGGGAGGAGAGUGCGGAGGAGAGUGGGGAGGAGGAAAGUGGGGAGGGAAGUGAGGAGGGGAGUGGGGCGGCGAGUGAGGGGGGAGGAGGGGGGAGUCCUCACAUGAUCACCUUUCCAUCCUCUGUCAUUCUCAAUCCAAUCAGAGAGGAGAGGGAGGUGCGCAGGUGGCGUGCUAUGAUUGGUCUAGGGCCCAUGGACUGGAACCUCUAUCAGAGGAAGCACCCCCGCGAGGUCAAGAAGCGGAUAAGACAAGGCGUGCCGGACUGCCUGCGUGGGAUCGUGUGGCAGCUUUUGUCUGGUAGCCGGGAGUUCUUGUUGAUGAAUGAAGGCGCGUAUGAGCACAUGUUACUGUACGAGCUGUCGAACAACGAGAUGGACAUCAUUCGAGACAUCAACCGCACCUUCCCCACGCACGUUUACUUCAUGCAAAAGCACGGCCCUGGGCAGAGGGCGCUGUUCAACGUGCUCAAGGCGUACAGUGUGUACGACAAGAAGAUUGGAUACGUGCAGCCGAGCCCCUUCACUUGUCCCUCCACUCUUUCCUCCACUUCCCGAAACCUCACGGCGCAUGCUGCUGUACAGACACGGCGCAUGCUGCUGUACAGACACGGCGGAGGAGGGCGCCUUCUGGCUGCUCGCGUGUUGCAUUCAGUCAGUGCAUGCAUAUACUCACUCCCUUCUCUCUUAACUCCCUGCUCGCCUUUUCUCCCUCUCAACCCCCCACCAGGCAUAGCGGGGCUCAUGCUGCUGUACAGACAUGGCGGAGGAGGACGCCUCAUGGCGGAGGAGGACGCCGUCUGGCUGCUCGUGUGUGUCAUGGCGCUGAUGCAGUGGGACGUGCUUGUUCCCAAACCCCCCUCCCCCUCCUCCCAGGGCAUGGGUUUUAUUGCUGGUCUCAUGCUGCUGUACAUGGCGGAGGAGGACGCCUUCUGGCUGCUCGUGGCGCUCAUGAAGGGCGCCAACCACACGUCACUCGAAGGAAUCUUCCUCGUGGGUCUGCCGCUGGUCCAACAAUAUCUCUUCCAGUUCGAUCGCUUGCUGCACGAGUGCCUGCCGCAGCUCGCACGGCACAUGGAGGGGGAGGGGGUGACCCCAUCCAUGUACGCGUCUCAGUGGUUCAUCACCGUCUUCGCCUACAGCUUCCCCUUUGCCACCACACUCAGAAUAUGGGACGUCUUUCUGUUUGAGGGCAUGAAGACAGUGUUCCGGGUGGGACUGGCUCUGCUGAAGCAGCAACAGGACGAUCUGCUGCAGAUGCCCUUUGAGGACCUCGUGCCGGCCCUCAGGACGUACCCGGACCGCAUCCUGGAGCCAGACACACUGCUCAACGUCGCCUUCUCCUUCAAUGUACGCACUAGAGGGGUUGAGGGUUAG